ACAAAAUUUGGUGAAACAGCUGAUGAGCUGUCCAGAAACGACAGAGUUGUAAAUGUUCAUCAGCUGUCUAUGAAGUUGUGCUCGAAAUUGCAGCAGCAUGCAAUCAGUAUCGAUGAUAAUUCAAGUCCUUUGGCAGAAACAGAUUCUGGCACUUCACAAACAGAUUCUGGCUGUCUAGAACUUGGUUCACACCAGCACUCCAUAGAACUAAAUAAUAUCACCGAGACACCAAAAUCUUUAAAAAUAAGGCAGUUAAGAAAUAAGCCAGCAUAUUUAAAACGAAAACAUUCAGCAAAAAGGAAAGCAAACAAAGCUGGAGUCGAAAAGGCACUCCAGCUGAUUAGCUCAUUAGUUAGUUCUGUAGUUUUCACUUUUAUAAAAUCACAAAUAAAAGCAUCAAAUGUGUCAAAAUACGGACGAAGAUGGUCACUGAUGGAUAAAAAUUUGUGCCUUCAGAUCUAUCUUAGUAGUCCAAAAUCAUAUAAUACACUGAAGGCUUUUUUGCAUUUGCCCAGCAAGCCUACAUUAUUGAAAGCUGUAUCUGGUAUAAAAAUGGAACCUGGAUUUUCAGUUGCUGUGCUCAAUGCCAUAAAAUUAGUUGCUAGCAAACUGAAAAUCCAUGACAGGUAUUGCAUCUUAUCCUUCGAUGAAAUCACUUUAAAGCAAAGCUUAUCUUAUGAUAAGAAAAGUGAUUACAUUGUUGGAUUUGAAAACUAUGGUUCCUACACUGAACUAAAAACAUUUCCCGAAUAUGCAACUCAUGGUCUUGUUUUUAUGGUCCGUGGGCUGUGUAAAAAGUGGAAACAGGUCAUUGGCUAUUUUUUUUCUUCUCACACUACUCCAGGUUUUAUGUUGUGUACUUUGGUCAUGGAAGCCCUAUCAAAAUUAUUUGAUUGUGGUUUGAUACCUGUGGCUGUUGUUUGUGAUGGUGGUGCAAACAAUGUAGUUUGUUACAAAAAAUUUAUGAAAGUCACAGAAGAAGAGACCAUAUAUUAUAUGUCAAGACAAAAAGGUAUUCACACUUUUUGA